AUUCUUAUUUUUCGUGUUCAUCUGGUCAUCAUUAGUAUUAUCAUUAUCAUCAUCAUCAUCAUCAUUAUUAUUGUUUCUGCCAAUUCAAUUGUUGGUGUUCAUGUGGAACAUUUUCCAAACACGGCAACAGCCAAUUCUAAAUUAAGCAAUAGUAAUCCUUUGGGUAAUCAUAAUAUUAAUAUUGGAAAAGCUGUUUUUGAUCAACGUUCCAAUGAAAUUCCAUCGUCGUCGGCGGCGGGUACACCAGCUGUCAGUAUUAAACCAGAUUUAUUUGGUCUAAUAACCGAAGUAAAUGUGGAAUGUAAUUCAAAUGCCAUACAUAUUGCAUUGAUUGCACCACAUUUAUUCAAUGGUAUGAUAUAUCCAAAAGGAUUAUCAAAAAAUUCAUCAUGUAUGCAUGAAUAUUAUGAUGUUAAUGAAUUCAAUUAUACUCUGCCAUUACGUGCCUGUAAUACAAUGUCAAUGGAUGUCGAUGAUGGAAUUGAAUAUUUUAACACGGUUAUUGUACAACCACAUAGACGUUUGGUUACUAAUCAAGGUCGUGGUUAUCAUAUUCGAUGCCGUUAUCAAACGAAAGAUAAACGAAUAACAAAUGGAUAUAAUUUGACGCUAUCACAAGAAGGUAAAACAGAAACAACACCAUUAUAUGGAACGGCACCAGUACCAACAUCAUCAAUGAAAAUCUAUCAUCAAGGAACACAGAAAGAAAUCAUUGCUGAUAAUGUUAAAAUUGGUGAUCGUUUAACAUUGACCAUUGCAAUUGAACAGCAAGAUAUUUAUGGUAUGAAAAUCACUAAUUGUUUAGUACGUGAUGGAUUGAAUUGGGGUGAACAACCAUUAAUCAAUGAUGAAGGAUGUCCAGUUGAUAAAGAAAUAAUGGGUCCAUUUGAUUAUUCACUUAAUCUAACACGUGCAAGCGUAUCAUUUCAUGCACAUAAAUUUCCAUAUACAAGUUCAGUUUAUUAUCAAUGUAAUGUCCGUCUUUGUUUAAAGGAUGAAAUUGAUGGCUGUACUGAUGUGCCACCAAGUUGUGAUCAAAAUGGUCGUAAUUAUCGUCACUUACCCGGACAUCAAAGACGACAACGUCGAGAUACAUAUGAUGCUGUUGUAAUACCGGAUAUGAAUCAUCAACAAUAUCAUCGUGCAAUGGCACAACGUAUGAGAAAUACAAAAAUGGAUAAAGAUCUAAGUAUGGAAGUAUAUUCUGGACUUUAUGUGGAUGAAAAUGAAAACAAUACACCUGAAUUGGAUGAUGAAGAAAGUGAAACAUCAAUGAAUGGUGAUAAUGAUCAGGAUAGACGACAUGGACGAAAUCAUCAUAAUCGUCAUCAUGAUCCAAAUGAAUUCUGUAUUUCGAUGCGUAAAUUUGCCAUUGGUGUUGCUAUUGCUAGCCUAUUGCUUAUGUUAGCUGUAUUAUUAUUGGUCAUCUGUAUAUUACAACGUCGACGUCGUCGUCAUCAUCAACAACAUCAACGUUUUUAUUCACAAUCGGCCGCCGGUUCAACAAUUGGUUCAGGUUCAGUAUAUUCCGGUCCAUAUACUAAUCGUGGGUAUAUUCGUGAUUGAAAAUAUAUAAUAUAAUUAAUUUAAGAUAAGAUAUAUUUGCCCACCUAACAUAUAAAAACACAAACACAAACCACAAAACACGCACAAACAAUACAUUGCCAAUACCCUUCAAUGAAGGCAGCUAACUUAUUAUUAUCAUAGUAGAUUUUUAUAAAAUAUUCACACAAAUUAUAUCAAUCAAUCAAUAAUUUCUCAUUGUGGC